AUGAGGAGGGUAAGAGAAAGAGUAGCUCAGGUAGAGAGCCAGGGGCGGCUGGUGUGCAGAACACGUGUUGUACCUUGCCGCGUACCGCAACUAAGAUGCAAGGGAAAGGUUGUUCCGUUGGAUUCUGUUGUUUGUCAGACGGUUCUAUCAAAACUUUUAGGUCCUCUGGAGGUGUGGAAGGAUAGGCUUAUUGUUGCAAAAGAAUGUGGAUACAAUAUGAUACAUUUUACACCUAUACAGUGUCUUGGUGCAUCUAACUCAGCUUACUCUCUCUCCAACCAUCUUGAGCUAAAUCCUCUCUUCUCUAGUUCAACCAAUCCUGCAACACUGGACCAGGUUUGGGAAAUAAUUAUAUCAUGGGAUAUUCUUACCCUGAACGAGAAUAUUGACGUGGCGUGUAAAACCCAGGGAGUUCGGCAGGAGAGAACUGAUUUCCAGGGACAGCAGUACAGGUUUAGUCCUCUAAACACCACGUACAGUAUAGUUGGAGAUGAUGGGGUUCUACAUCUUGAUUUAGGAUUCUAUUUCAGGAACGCUACGGUGAGGACGGAUAGUAAGAUGUGGCAAUAUCCUUGCAUUGAAAGAUUGGAGUGUGAGGCUCAGUCUCCUCCUGCUAAGAUUACUGUGAUGAGCCUGCUUCUCGUAUUUGGUUUGGUGGGAGCUGUUCUGCUCACAUGUAUGUUUGUCUGUGGUAGCAUUGUCUGGUGUCUCAAGCGAGAUCGAGCCUACGGAGUUCGACCUUACACCGGCAGAUUUGUGGAGGAGAGGCCAGAUUCUGCUGAUUCUCAAUUCUGAGAUCUGAGUCCUGGGUUUAUAUUGUUUUAAUAAAAGUGUAACCUUA